CGAAUGAGUUUUAAUAUGGCGUCGGCAUCACGUCCCCGAGAUUUACAGCAAAUUGUUAGAGAUGGGCUGAGUACCCUGGUUUUUGCAUUUGGUCACAAAGUUGGAAUAAUUGAAACUUUAAUCAAAUUACAAAGUCCCUGUUCUGCAGAAGAACUAAGUCAGAAGACAGGUAAAAAGUUAAGGUACAUACAAGAAUGGUUGGGUUGUCUUAUCUCGGCGGGAAUCGUCCUAAUUCACGAGGACGGCAAAUACUCACUUCCGUACGACGAGUCUGUGGUAAAAGAAUGCUGUAACAUUGCUGCCGUCCUCCCUAUUCUUACUGAGAUGAUCCCUCGACUGGAAAACGUCAUGUCUGAAGAAGGACCACGAGGUUAUGGAUGUUAUGAGCCUUUUCUUCAUUGGUGGGGCCAUUUCUUCACACCGGAAGCUAUUCAGAGGUGGAUGAAAGAUAUGCUGAUACCGGUACUGGAACUCAAACAAGGAAGCCAGUUUUCUCUGCUUGAUCUUGGGUGUGGUUACGGAAAGUUUACUUUAGAAAUAGCCAAAUUGUAUCCCGAAAGUAGCAUUUAUGGUGUUGACAUGGACCAGGUCUCCAUAGAUCAUGCCCAAAAAGAACUAAAAAAAGAUGAAAAGAACAAUGUUCAGUUUAUCUGCAUGAGAGGUGGGGACCUUCCAAAGGACUGGACGAAGAAGUUUGAUUUUGUCCUAAUAAACGACGUUCUUCACGAUUCGUUCGAGGUUGACGCCAUGCUUGAAGAGACAAAAAGGAUCCUUAAACCAGAUGGAUACGGGGCAGCAUACGACCCUCCAAUAUCCUCGUAUCCCCACAAGCUAGUUAAUGAUCCAACAGCACAGAUGGAAUUGCCAUUGAGUCUCUUUUCUUGCCUUCCUCUGAGUUUAUCAGGACCCUCUGGGGAUGGACUAGGUGUAGGUUGGGGAUACGAACGAAAAAAGAAAACGAUAGAAGAACAUGGAUUCCAGUUGAUACAAAUUGGCGAUAAGGACAUAAACACAAUACAAGAGCGUGUUGUCUUUAAAAAAAAUAGCAAUAAUUAAAAUGAUCUGAUUUGAAAAUUCAUAAAGAUGAUGCGAUGUAGGCACGAGCUGUAACAUAAUAAAUUGUGGGAAGAACAUCAAAA